UCAUUGCAGCGACAAAGUGGCAGUUUUAGGCAUAAAGGUUUUAGGCAGGUUGUUUUACAAUAACAAUUUCCCAAGGCUAAUGUACGUUUUCCCAUCUGACUAAAUGCCUGCGAAUAUUAUGCGUAUUGUCCACUGAUCCUUAACAACACAGUUUGACGUUUAAAGUGUACACGGACACACGUAGGCCAAUGUUUACAAGAUGAAACACUUUAUGCUGCGUGCUAACGUUAGGCUACUGUUUUAAAGGCAUGCGCGACAUUGCAUAUUUACAUGGCAUUUAUAGGGCUACCUCUUGAUUCUGCGGAAUCUGAAAAUAGACAGCUUGAUUCACUGUUAUACUUUGAACUGCGUUGCUUUUGAAAGACAAUAAGACAUACCUCUUCGAGUUGAUAUCUAGAGUCUGUAUCUGUAGUCUACAUCAUCUGAGGAUGGAUGUGAUACGCUGCGUUAGAUCCCUCAUGGAUCUGCAAGCUCAACUUCAGAGCGCCAUUGGACUACAGGAAGAGAUUCAGACUGAGGUUCUGGCUCAUCUUCUUCUUCCUCAAAGCACCAGGAGGCUAAAGAUCCCAGAGGGGUUUGGAGCCAGUGAAAAUGUUGAGGCAUAUUUUGCUACCUUUGAGAGAGCAGCCACUGCCCUCAAGCUUCCUCAAAAGAAAUUGCGCAAGCAGGUUAUGACUCUCCUUGGUAUGGAUCACAGCGAAGGCCAGGACUCAUCACUACAGGAUCAUGGGUAUGAAGAUGUAAAGGACCAUUUCCACAUGCAGGCAAGUGUGGCAGAACAACAGUGGCAAGUUAACUUCACUUUGGCCAAUUUUGACCCUGUGAAAGGCCCCAGGGAGCUGGGCCAGGAGCUGGACGAAGCAGCCAGGCAAUGGCUAAAGCCAGAGAGAAGGAGUGCAGAGGAUGUGGUGCGACGUGUGACUCUGCAAAAGUUUGUGAGCCUCCUGCCCAGAGCUGUGAGUGAUUGGGUUGUUCAACAUCAGUCUAAGGACAUGGAAGAGGCCAUUAGCCUGGCAGAGAAGUUCCUUGGGAGUAGGAACAAUGAGGAGUAUGGAGAGAGAGGAGACGACACUGCUGGACAGCAAUACACAGCAACAGACCCAUCAGACAAGGCUGGAGCAUCAAAUCAGCACCGAAUAACGACAGCUAAUGUCCAAGAGGAGGGAAAGGAGCCCAAGCCAUGCACCACAGCACCUAAGGAGGAAGAAACAUCACUGUCUGUCAGCUCCAAUGUGGAAGUAGAGGGACUGGGGGAGAUUCAUCUUAAGGAGGAAGGGGGAGAAGAACAGGAAGAGCACACUCCCCACAUUGAGCAGAUGCCAGUGGAGGAGGAGGAGGAGGACAACAUGUGCAGUGGGGAAACUGUGAUAGAAUCCCCUUCUGACAUAGGCCAGCCAUCUGCGACUACCACUAGAAGGCAACCAGUGAGGAAAGCCUCCAUUGGUGCAAAUGAAGCAACACUUUCUAAGAGUCAUGCAUGUUCUGACUGUGGAAAGUGCUUCACUAGGUUGUUCCACUUUCGCAGGCACAAAUGUGGACCGGCUCUCCUCGCCAGCCAGAAGUGCGAGGGCACAUCUGCCUCCCGCACUCAGCUGCCGCAACGCCGGCGCAGCCACGGCAAGCUCCACAGCUGUCCGUACUGCGAGAGGCAGUUCCGCAAGUUGUGCAACCUGAGGAACCACGUGCACACGCACACGGGCGAGCGUCCGUACCAGUGCCCGGAAUGCGGGGCCGCGUUCGCCCAGAAGCACGGCAUGCUGGAGCACCGGAACAUUCACACGGGGCAGAGACCAUUCGUGUGCCACGAGUGCGGGAAGGGGUUCCGCCACAGUAGCAACCUCAGCAAACACUGCAAGCUCCAUUCUGAUCUGAGGCCUUUUCUCUGCACGCUGUGUGGGAAGACGUUCAAAAUUAAAGACUGCUUGAGAAGGCACCAGCUGGUGCACGCAAAGAAUGGCGAAAAAACUGUAGGAAUGGUUAAUUGAUAUUGAAUUCAAAUAGACCAUUGGAAAUAUACAUACUACCUUAGGCCUCUGCAGUUCUCAACAUCUAGGGAUAAAUCAGACAAAAGACACCCUGGAUUUAACAUUUUAAAAUAAGAGGUAUCACAGGGGACAGGAACAUGGGCCUGAAAAAUGUGUCCAGGAAAAUUAAUAAAGAACUUCACAGCAUUAUCAACAAUGAAAAAGAGAUCACUGCUAUUAAGGUGUCAUUGUUUUCUAGCAUCUGUCUGCAUGGCAUAUGGUCUUAUUAAUCUAUGUUGCGUAGUGCUGUGUUCAUUUUAAUGCAUUUUCCCAGGCUUGGAUAUACUCAAAUAUUGUAUCAGAAAUUGUAGCCAAAUUCUCUCAUCACCUAAAAAGUAAACGCAUAGUAGAAAAGCACAGUUGUUUUACCAAUGGAUAUUUUUCAUUAUUUACAUUAUGGCAAUUCAUUUAAAUUACAUUUUGCAUUUUUUUUCUAUCUUCA